AAAGUCUUUCCGUUCUUCAAUUAUUUGAAGAUUUUGUUCUUGCAUUUGUUCACUACCAGAAGUACCAACCAAACACUAACAGAUUGUAGUUUCCUUGCUUCUUUCAUAUGGCGAAAUUGAGAGAAGCAAAGCUAUGCAAAGAGUAAGAAUCUUUACAAGAAGUGAAGCGAGUGGUUAAUAUUCACGUGUUUCACCAUACUAUUUUGUUGUUUUGCACUUCCGGCACCGGAAACUGACAAGUGAAUUUGGAGCUCUUGUUGAUUGUAAGUAAUUGUAAGAAUCAUCUUGGUGUAUAAGGUUAGUUCAUUUGUGUGAAUAAUUUCCGUGGUUUUAAAGGUUUUGUAGUAAAUGACAGUGAAAUGAUAGGUGCCUUGAUGAUUCUCUCAUUGAUUCACUUCAUUGUGCAGAAUGGCUGAUACAACGGUAGCAGAUGGAGGCCGCAUUGUUAAAAUGGAGGUGGAUUAUGAAUCCACUUGUGAUGAGAAGAUCCCUGAAUGUCAAAAGAUGGCAAAAGAAAACAAGAUACAUGAUGCAUUGGACAUUCUAUUGGCAUUGGAAAAACAAACUCGAACAGGAUGUGACAUGGCUUCUACUGGACGUGUUCUUGUUGCCAUUGUACAAAUUUGUUUUGAAGCAAAGAAUUGGAAUGCUCUGAAUGAGCAUAUAGUUCUUUUGUCAAAACGUCGGAGUCAGCUGAAACAGGCUGUAGCCAAAAUGGUUCAGGAAUGUUGUACUUAUGUGGAUCAGACCCCAAAUAAAGAAACAAAGAUAAAACUUAUUGAUACAUUAAGGAGUGUGACAGAAGGCAAGAUAUAUGUUGAAGUGGAACGAGCCCGACUAACACACAAAUUGGCAACAAUGAAGGAAGAAGAAGGUAACAUCAUUGAAGCAGCAAACAUAAUCCAAGAAUUACAAGUGGAAACGUAUGGCUCCAUGGCAAAAAGAGAAAAGGUAGAACUGAUCUUGGAGCAAAUGCGUCUCUGUCUUGCCAAGAAGGAUUAUAUAAGAACACAAAUCAUAUCCAAAAAGAUAAAUACAAAAUUCUUCGAUGAUGAAGGUACCCAAGAUCUGAAACUUAAAUUUUACAGGUUGAUGAUAGAGCUAGAUCAGCAUGAAGGCUCUUAUCUAGCAACCUGUAAGCACUAUCGGGCGAUUUUGAAUACACCCACUAUCCAAGAUGAUCCUGAGCAAAGGCAUCAUGUAAUGCAAAAUGUUGUAUUGUAUUUGGUUCUUGCUCCUUAUGACAAUGAGCAGGCUGAUCUCACUCAUAGAGUGCUCGAGGAGAAACUCUUAGAGGAAGUACCUACAUACAAAGACUUACUUAAAUUGUUUACUAACCCAGAAUUGAUCAAAUGGUCUGGGCUUUGUGAAAUCUAUGAAGCAGAAUUAAAACAAGGUUCUGCUAAAACUAAACCAACAGAUGUAUUUAGUCCAAAUUCAGAACAAGGAAGUAAAAGAUGGAAAGAUUUACGUAGUAGAGUUGUGGAGCAUAAUAUUCGUGUAAUGGCCAAAUAUUAUACAAGAAUAACUUUGAAGAGAAUGGCUGAACUGUUGGACCUCCCCGUUGAUGAAACUGAAGAUUUCCUGUCAAAUUUGGUUGUCAAUAAAACUGUAUUGGCAAAGACUGACAGGCCUGCUGGUGUUGUAAGUUUUGCUCAAAAUAAGGAUCCAAAUGAUGUUCUUAAUGAUUGGUCACAGCACCUGAGUACACUAAUGCAGCUUGUCAACAAAACUACUCAUUUGAUUAAUAAAGAGGAAAUGGUUCACAAACACCUUCUUGCAGUAAAGGAAUGAGGUCUAAAGGCUUUCUUGUUGUUAAUUUAAAAUAAUAAACUAAUAUUUGUAAAUGAUAUUUGAAAUGAAUUUAGUGUGAAUGGUAUUGUAUUGAAUAACAGAUAAUUCAUUUUUGUCUUACUUUUCCAUCAUUAUAUUCAUUCAAAUAAAGCUAAUGCUUAAUUUUUUUGUUUGUUUGUUUUUUUCUACCUUUUUUCUUAAGUUACUUUGUGGUGACCAUUUUCCAAGGGUGUAAAUAUGCUUGAAAGAGGUAUAUGAGUAAUUCAGUAUGUAGAAAAAUUAUGUGGAUGAGAAAAAAUUAAAUAAAUUCAAUAUAAAAUUACCCCACAUUUCAUUCUGAAUUACACAAAUUUAUAUUUGAAAAAUCAAAACAUGGCGAUAAGCUACAAUCAUUUUCUUGCUGUGUGUGCAUAAUAAUUCGUGAUUUGUUAUAUAUUUUUUUAAUACUUUUGAUCCUAAGGACGCAUCUGAUAUGUCGUCAUCAUUUUACUGCUAUGUCCUAUGGACAUAUGUCAUAUGUUCUACAUUUACCAGUUUUGACAAGCUAUAAACAUCUCUCGAAUGUUCUUAGACACCUAGAAAAUCCUUUUUAAUAUCAUUAAGGUGGUU